AUCUUCCCUAAACCCAUGACAGAAUCGUUUCAAAUAAACAAAGUGCUUCAGUCAUGAAUUUUAGUUAUAAAUAAAACUUGAUAUUAUUAGAAUUCUAGAGACUGAUCAAUUAUAUUGUAUCUUCAAUUCGAUAAUAGUGUUACAACUUGAAACAUGGCUGAUAUUCUAGAUAUAUUAGAUAUUGAACAUCCUGGUGCUACUGAAAUCAGCAGAGAUAGCAUUAUACAUGGCGAUAAAAUAAAGAAAAAGUAUGUCACUGCCAAAGCUGUGAAAAGACCAGAGGGCAUGCAUAGAGAAGUCUUUGCAUUACUUUACAAUGAUUCCAAUAAAGAUUUACCACCACUCCUGCCUACAGACACAGGUAAAGCUUAUAAACAAACAAAGGCUAAAUUGGGAAUGCGGAAAGCCCGAAAAUGGGUCUGGGCUCCAUUCAGUAAUCCAGCUCGUAAGGAUAAUGCCGUUUUUUAUCACUGGAAAAGAGCAUCUGAUGAAACAAAGGAAUACCCUUUCGCACAAUUUAAUAAGCAAGUCUCAAUACCAUCUUACACUGAAUCUGAAUACAACCAAUACCUGAAAUCUGAAGAUUGGAGUCAAGCAGAAACUGAUCACCUUAUGGAUAUGUGUCAACGUUUUGAUCUGAGGUUCAUUGUUAUACAUGACAGGUGGGAUCGUGCAGCAUUCAGAGAUAGAAGUAUUGAGGAUUUGAAAGAGCGGUAUUAUGGUAUAUGUGCCAGUUUGAGCAAGGUGAAAACUAACCCAUGGUCAAACACUGUAACCACAGUUAAUGGAGAAAAACGUAUCUACCAUUAUGAUGCUGAACAUGAAAGAAAGAGGAAAGAACAAUUAAGGAGGUUAUUUGAUAGAACACAGGAACAAAUUGAUGAAGAACAAAUGUUACUUACGGAAUUGAAAAAAAUAGAGGCUCGAAAACGGGAAAGAGAAAGGAAAACACAGGAUUUACAAAAGCUUAUAUCGAGGGCAGACAGUGGUAAUGUACCAACUGUCAAUCCAGUUCCUAACAACACUGAAGGUACACACACUCCAUCUAAUGCAACAACCAAUAUUGCCAGGCGUCAUGACAGAAAACUACAUAAGAAAAAGUUGUCAACUCAACAAAGGCCAGUUCGUACAAUGGAAGCUGUAACUGUAGAGUGGUCAGGGAUCAAAUUCCCUGAGGCUCGUAGUACAGGUGUCUGGCUCCGGUCGCAACGUAUGAAACUUCCUCCUGGGGUUGGGCAAAGGAAAACUAAAGCUAUUGAACAAGAAUUACGCCAAAUGAAUAUUGAUAUUGCUCCUACACCAACAGAGGCAAUAUGCAAGCACUUCAAUGAACUCCGAUCUGAUCUUGCACUUGCUUUGGAUUUGAAGAAUGCACUAGUUGCAUGUGAAUUUGAUCUACAAGCAUUGAGACAUCAAUAUGAAGCUCUCAAUCCAGGAAAGACCCUCACAAUACCAGCUUCAAUAUGUAAUGCAACUGAUGGAGAAACCAAGCCAAUGGGAGAAAUCAUUGAUGUAGUUGGGUCUCCAAGUGCAUUGAACUCAACUAUAUAGUAUUGUGUAAACUAUUUGGAUAAAUUAGACUUGCUCUAUUAGUGAUAUAAAACAAUUAUGAGAAACUCAUAACGAACAUAAUUUUAUAUGUAUAAGGAACUUUUUAAAACCUAAUAAUAUUU